CAUUAAUCAAGAUCAUUAUGGCUCGGAUCGCUGCUACCGCCAUCGCUGCGGCGGCAUUCUUCGUUAGGGUUUCACUUGGGGUCGACAAUGGCUUAGCUCGAACCCCUCAGAUGGGCUGGAACAACUGGAAUGCUUUUGCCUGUGACGUUUCAGAGGAGCUCAUUCUCGGUGCUGCAGACAAACUCGUCAGUCUUGGUUUCAGAGAUUUGGGAUAUACUUAUGUCCUCCUUGACGAUUGCUGGUCGGCCGGCAGGUCGGAGAAUGGCUCAUUGCAGCAUAACACCACCCGUUUCCCAAAUGGUAUGGCUGAUGUAGCGGACCAAAUCCACUCUCGCGGCAUGCGCUUUGGUAUGUAUUCUGAUGCUGGAAGUCUUACAUGUGGAAAGUAUGCUGGUUCUUUGGGUCAUGAAGACGUCGACGCAAAGACAUUCGCUUCAUGGGGCGUGGACUACCUAAAGUAUGAUAAUUGCUUCAAUGAAGGCCAAUCGGGAACCCCACUCAUCACAUAUAACCGAUACAAAAAGAUGAGUGUGGCUCUCAACUCAACUGGACGACCCAUUCUCUACUCAAUGUGCAAUUGGGGCGAAGAUUACCCAUGGAAGUGGGCCGAGACGGUGGCCAAUUCCUGGAGAAUAUCUGGAGACAUUGGCGAUUCCUUCCAAAGACCAGAUGCUCGAUGCCCUUGUGGCCCUGAUGAGGGUUACAACUGCGAUCUAGCUGGCUUCCACUGUUCAGCAAUGAACAUCCUUGGCAAGGUUACUUCUUUUGUUGACAAGGGCAUUCCUGGCGCUUGGAAUGACCUUGACAUGCUUGAGGUUGGAAACGGGGGUAUGACAGAUUCGGAAUACGUCGUCCAUUUCAGUAUGUGGGCCGCGGUCAAAUCACCAUUAAUUAUGGGCAAUGAUAUAAGAAGCCUCUCGCCGUCAAGCUUUUCCAUCCUCGCCAAUCCUGCCGUGAUUGCCAUCUCCCAAGAUCCGCUUAGUACAUCCGCCGUGCGGCGGUGGCGCUACCCGGUCGAGGAUGUUGACGAAUACGGCCAAGGUGAUAUUCAGCUGUGGAGUGGUCAAUUGGCUUAUGGAGACUAUGUUGUAGCGCUGCUCAACACUGGCAAUAACGCACGGAUAAUGAACGCAACCCUUGUAGACAUCUUCCGUGACGAAGGCCCCGGCGGGAAACCAAACUCUGCUCAGGCAUGGGAUGUCUAUGAUCUCUGGGCCGACCGCAUGAGCGAUGACACCGCAAACCUCAUUCUCAACAGCAAUGGAACAGCGCUACAGAACGGCACUGUUUCCCUGCCCUACAAUGCAACCAAGUUGUCCUAUGCAGACGGUCUCGCAAAGAAUACGACCGCAUUGUUGGGCAAAUACACCACGACGAUCCAGCCGCAGGGAACCUUGAAGGCCAAUGUUACUGGCCAUGGAAUUGGCUUCUAUCGCCUUCGCCCCCAUCUUGGGAGCCAGAAGAGAGAUGAAUUGUAGAGGGUUGCCUCGAAUGGAUGCCCAGGGGCAGCUAUUAGUACAGAUGGCACUGUGAAUAGGUUACUAGUCCCCAUUUUUCACGAUGGGAUACGUAAAUACCAGCGGUUCAAAUGUAGUAUAUUCUAGAUUUGGCUCCAAUGACCCAAAAUACGUGCCCAU